AUGGGUGAAGAAGAGGACGCCGCGACGGUGGAUCAGAGAAACUGUGACGGUUACGGUGUCGAUGAUUCGUCGACAUUGCCAAGUCUAUCUUCUAGAGUGCUUACAUUGCCCACCGUGUUAACCCUUGGCCGUGUAGCUGCCGUCCCGAUCCUUGUCGCGACGUUUUAUGUUGAUUGUUGGUGGGGGAGGACUGCUACAACGAGUCUUUUCAUUGCUGCUGCGAUUACAGAUUGGCUUGACGGAUAUCUUGCUAGGAAGAUGAGAUUAGGGUCUGCGUUUGGUGCUUUCUUGGACCCUGUGGCAGAUAAGGUGAGAAAGCCUCUUCAUUUUAUGCCUUGUUGUAGUAGAAUGAUUUGA